GCCGGACGAAUGCGUGUAUUCCUUUUGAAGUUUUCCUCCCCGCAAAUGAUCAAAUCAAGUUCCUUGUUCAGCGCCAGCGCUCAAGCUCAAGCGCGAUUCGGACUGCCUAAGCACUAAGCCUCACGUACCUUGAUCAUCUCAGAGCUCUGCAGACUGCGAUAAGGGUCUGAAUGAUAAAACUGUAACACAUGGCUGAAGACGAACAAAGCAUCAAGAAAAGGAGGCUACAGAAUGCUUGUGACGAAUGUAGGAGGAGAAAGAUCCGUUGUGAUAGUGCUACUGCACCAGGAAAUAAAUGCUCGAAUUGCGUUUCCUUGAGGAUUGAAUGCACACAUUACCAGCACAAGAAGGUGUGUUCUACUCUCCGAGUCACUGCAAGCAUCGUGUCGUUGUCAACGUGGGAGCGCUGAAGCUGUAGUAAAAAAAGGACGAAAGGCGACAGAAAGCGAUAUUGUAGACUCUCUUUCUCAACUUCAUUUACUGAUUAACACUUUUCUGUUGCUUAGAAAAGGGGCCCAAAGAUUGGGCCAACCAGGGACGCUCGCGCUCUCGUGAACGCUAUUCUCUCCUCUUCGAAACCCUACGUCGUCCCAGAAGAUCUGGAAGCGGUGAAGGAGAUAUUGGUCAAACUUGCAAAUCAUGCCCGUUCGCUGGAUCGACAACUAUCCGAGUUAGCGCAUGCAACUCGUCUGGAUCCCAACAGUUCUUCUGCCACCAAUUCUCCAGCCGCGUCGAAUGACACCCCAGAGCCCACUGCACAGGGAGAAGUCGAAGACUCCAUUGAUUCGCUCGCUCAAGACCUUCGAAAAUUGUCAGUUGGUUAUCAUUACAAACGGCACUUUGGGAAAUCAAGCAAUUACAUGCUGGUGCAAUCGGCAAUGGAUUCUCGACGUGAUGUCCUGGGGGACCCCAGCUUUACCUUGGCUGUCUUCGCUCAGCACAAAAGACCAGAGUUUUGGAAACCUCGUCCAUGGCAAACGAUACCUCACCGUCAAGAACCCUCUUUGAUAUUCCCGGAAGGUGACCAUCUCCGUGAUCUUGUCAACCUGUUCUUUACAAGUGUGAAUCCUCUAUUCCCGCUGUUGCAUCGGCCUACGUUUGAACGCUCGAUUGCGGAGGGUUUACAUAUACAAAACCGCUCCUUUGGUGCCACUGUUCUGGCUGUCUGUGCCGUCGGAGCUCGACAGUCGGACGAUCCGCGGGAUUUAUAUGAAGGCACAACCUCGGAACACGGUCUGGGAUGGAAAUGGUUCUCCCAGAUUCCCCUCAUGCGCGAAUCACUCACCGAUCCUCCAUCAUUAUAUGACCUUCAGCGUUGCAGUUUAUCCGUCCUCUAUUUACAAGCGACAUCCACCCCGGAGGCCGCCUGGACAGUGGUUGGUAUCGGGAUCCGGUCUGCUCAGGAGAUGGGGGUACAUCGUAAACCUGUCCCUUCUGGCAACUCCCUCGAAGAUGAACUAUGGAAGCGUGCAUUCUGGUUACUCGUCUCGAUCGAUUUGUUUUUCAGUGCUUUCAUGGGGCGACCGCGCGCUACAACUCAUGACGAUUUUGAUGUUGAUCUACCUGUUGAAUGUGACGACGAAUAUUGGGAGAAUCCUGAUCCUGAAAAGGCAUUUGUACAACCAGUGGGAAAGCCAUCUGUAGUCUCCUUCUUUGUGGCUUUGUUGAGACUUCUAGAUAUUGUUUCCUUUGCUCAAAGUACACUGUACUCAGUGCGCAAAUCUGAACUGUGGUAUGGGAUGGGAAUAUUUGGGAUUGAUUGGAAAAGACGAGCAGUGCUUGAGCUUGAUUCUGCAUUGAACAAAUACGUAGAUACGAUACCGGAGCAUUUGAAGUGGGAUCCUGAUAAUCCUGAUCCGGUUUUCUUUCAGCAAUCUGCCACGCUUUAUGCAAUUUAUCAUUGGGUGCAGAUUCAGAUCCACCGACCUUUCAUUCCUCGACCUGGGCAAGAGCCGAUUUUACCUUUCCCUUCCCUCGAAAUAUGUUGUAAUGCUGCUCGAAAAACCAUCCAUAUUAUCGAAAGGCUUCACGCACGGAUGGACAAAGCCAUGGCUGUUUUAGAAUCGGUGACAUUUAUUGUGUCGCCUUUGUUUACAUCAACAUUGAUUCUUCUUCUUAGUAUAUGGCGUCCAAAAUCGGGAUCGGAAUCUACCUCGGAGUCGUCGAAAGGGAUGGAGGUUGUCUACAGAUCAAUGAAGUUGAUUCAAAAAUAUGAGUCAAGAAAUUCAUAUGCAGGCCGUGUGGGGGAUAUUCUAAGUGCUGUCAUAACUGUCGGUCAACUUCCCAGAACCAAGAAUCGGAAAAGCCCACAGAGCUCGGGAGAAGGUGCAGAUCAAAAUUCUGUGCCGUCGCAUGCUCAAGUCGUGGUUGCGGACUUGCACGACACAUUCCAUAAUACGGCCCAGACAUCAUCCCACAACCUGUCUACGAUUUCCGAUGCAACUUCUUCGUUAUCGCAACCUGCAAGUUUCCCCUCUGCUCAUGACGGAUGCGGGAUCUUUGGGCCUCCGCAAAUACAGACUGAUUUCUUCAUGCACGAUAUGGCGCCGGCUGAUAUCUCGCUAUUUGACGUAAAUUUCACUGGAUCUCAACUGAUGCUGCAACCUCCGAAUCAGGCGGUAGCAAACCCGAUGUGGAAUGCGCAACCAAUGUUGACGGAGAAUGUGGCCUUCAGCCAAGAAGACUGGGACUCGUUCAUGGUUAGUGUCAAUGAUAUCGUGACAGAAGCGGUGGAGUAUCGUGGAUACUGAAGAAGACUCGCAUUGUGAUGGUGUUUGUUCAUACUUCAUGGUGAAGAAGUGAAUGUUAAAGUGUAGAUAAAAGUAUGUUCAGGCCAGAACGUUCUUAUUUUUGAUCGUGUCGGAGAUGUAUUUCACUUUUCUUUUUCUUUUUCUGUUUACUUACAGUCAGUCUCAAGUCCAACCAAUCAUUCUCGGAAUCCCCAGUAUAGUCUUGUCAUGAACUAUUUCCUACACUAAUAAAAGCAUUUUAAAACUAA